AUUAGUUAACACCGCGAACUCGUGUUACUAUAACUCAACUUUGCAAGCCAUGUCAUCAUGUGGUCCGAUGGUUGUUCGCUGUGAGAACCUAUAUCGUAUGGUCCGGUACAAAAUUCGAUAUUAGUUAACACCGGGAACUCGUGUUACUAUAACUCAACUUUGCAAGCCAUGUCAUCAUGUGGUCCGAUGGUUGUUCGCUGUGAGAACCUAUAUCGUAUGGUCCGGUACAAAAUUCGAUUCCUUGAUAACUCCCUCAACAUCAAUCAAACGCAACCAUGUGAUAUCAAGAACAACAACAUUGUUCUUAGAAACUUCUUGAAGAUCGUCAGCUGCUUACAAUUAGGGGGUCACUUGAAUGAGCCGAACGAGGUCAUGAAACUUAGUACAUCUAAAUUGCUCCAAUAUCGUCGGAAUGUUGGGAAGAUCCACGAAGGAUUCAAUAAUGAUGACCAACAUGAUGCUCACGAGUUUUUCCUAACUCUAAUCGGAGCUGUUGAUGAUGUAAUGAAAGUCGUUUUGGAGAAUGCAGUGAUGAUCGAUGAUUUUGAGAGCCCACUGAAUCCAGCAAAAGUCUUCAAAAUUGACGUGGAGACACUGUAUGUGUGCCAAAGAUGCCACAACAAGGAGCUGAACGCCGAUUCACGAAAUGACUUAGGUUUCUGUGAUGAAUGGCUGUUCGGUACAAAACUUGGUUUCAUCGGAGCUAAAAUGGUCUUCAAUUGAGAAAGAGUGCUCCAUUUGCAACCACAACAUAUCUUCGUUUGCGAAAGGAUCUCAACAUUCCCAGAAUGUUUGGUUGUCACCUUGAAAAGAUAUGAGCUGGAGGGACGAGGAAGUCGUUUUUCAAUGAAAAAUAAAAACUGCCGGGUGGAACCGACAUUCGAACUCGAUGCCACUUCGUUAAGAAACUUUAUGCCAGUGGAGUGCUCUGAGUUGAACAAGAACGAUGCUCAUUCGAAUAAUUCCCGUUUGCAUAUUGGAGCCGAUGAAGAAGUGGUGCAAGAAGAUGUAACAGCUCGGAAACAGUUAUUUUUCGAUGUUUUCUCGAAUAUGGCGGAUUUUGAUAACACUCUUGUUGGAAUGGGCUUCGCAAAUGGUGUAAACCAAAAGCGGUGUCAUUUCAAGAGAGAAAGGGUUGCGCAUAUAUCAGAAAUGUCCCAGUAUCAGCUUCCUGGAGUUACACGAAAAAUCGAAGCCGACGGGAAUUGCUUCUAUCGUGCAGUUUCGUGGUGGCUUACCGGAGUGGAAUCGCAUCAUAUGAUCUUCCGCGAAGCAGUCGGCAAACAUCUCAAGAAGAAUGAACCAAAGUUCAAAAAGUACUGUCAUGAUGAGAUAUACGAAAAGUACGUUGACAACGUAAUGCGUGAAGGAGUUUGGGCAUCAACUUGUGAAAUUUUUGCUAUGGCCAAUAUGCUGAACGUUGCAAUAAUGACUUAUCUUGGAGAUAGUGGAUGGAUGCCUCAUUCUCCACAAAAUACGUGUCCACCAAGACAAGGAGCAUUAUAUUUGAAAAAUACACAUAUGCAUUAUGAGUCCACAAUCUCAUUGAAAAAGAAUACUUCAAUGAAGUCGACAAUGACAUCGCAAAAAGGAAACAAUAAUGAGCGUUUAAUGCACGGAGAGCUGCACGAAAAGGAUAAUAUGAGAGGCGAUGCGCCUCCUAGAAGAUAUACACUGGUUUCGGUUGUAUGUCACCUCGGAAGUUCGCCGAACAAAGGACAUCACGUUGCCUACACAAAGAAAUCGCUCGACAACGAUGGCUGGCUGCGCUGCUCCGAUGAUAAAUUACGUGAUGUAUCGAAAGAAAACGUGGCCAACGCUGUCCGCUCGUCUGGAUAUGUUUUAUAUUAUAUACUCCAAUAAUG